AUGAAGUUUGCCGUGGGAAGGGACUGGCGUACGUUCUUUGACGUGAUCAUUGUCGGUGCAAACAAACCAGACUUCUUUCGCUCAAAAAUCACGUAGGUAUUACUUCAGAGGGGCAGUAUGCUGAACCUCUCUAAAUCCUCCCUAUUGAGGUUUAGUCAUGUUUUUUUGAAAUGUCUCCUCGAUCUUUUGCAUGGUUUAACAGUCCUAACGUACGCAUUAGUAUUAUUGGGCUCCCGCUCCCCAACGCAUCAACAGGUCACGCGCUUUCCCUAGAAUGAUUUGGCUUAGGAAUUAAAGAAGUUCGGCGAUCAUGGUGGUACGACCGUCUUCUCCCCAGGGAAGUUACGUCUCUCGGGGUGCAUCUAGCCAUUAGGAAACAGCGAAACUACUCCCACGCCUCCCAAGAACAUGCUUGGUUUCUGUUCCACAGAGCAACUUCAGCCUAGUUUACCUAUGAGCUCAUUUUCCCUCUCCUAAACUACGGCGCCAUGACGGGGAGGAGGAGUAAACAGCGGCAUGAAGAGGGACGAAGGAUGCGUCGGAGAGACGGAGGCUUUACGGUUCGAGCAUUACCGUCUAUCCAUCACUGCCCCUCCUGGGCGUUCUACUUUCACUGUAAAUGUCCUCUCUGUAACCUCGAAUUUUUGGGUAAUCUGUGACCCUGCGGUCAUCUGUAUUGUUAGGAAUCUCAAUGAUCUCUUAGCAUGUCAGAGAAAUUUGUGAGAAUGCAGGUAUGGUUUAUUCUACUGACUUUGAUAAUGUCCAUAUCUCCCGGCUUCGAGCGAUUUUACGGUCAGCUGUGCAGUCUACUACUCAGAGCUGCAUAUAUUUAUGAUAGAAGGAGCCUUGGGAGAAAGCAAGAAACCUUGUGCCAGGAAAGUGAGUUUAUGGGUCCUUAUUUGCACGUUUUUUUAAUGAGGAACGAAACUGGGGGGAGGGGAGGACUUGCCUACACAUCCGCCCGCCCAUUAUUUGUAAAGUGUGAUCAUACCAUUCCCUUUUAUUAUGCUAUUACUCAUUCUAAUCUCCCCUGCCUGCAAUUGUCAUCUGUCCGUUAACUUUAAGCUUCUUCAUGCGCAUCCACAUCCUUUUUCUGCAGAGCAUUCCGGGCUGUUGACGAGUGCGGAGCAUUUAGGAGUUGGGAGGGUGUCUCGAAGUUCGAAAAAGGCCAAUUUUACCUCGGUGUAAGUUGUACUCUGCCUCUUUCUCCUCAGUCGCCAACAGGAAGCAUUGAUCAGAUGUGGUUAUGUAGCCCCACCUUAAGUAAACAAACCCCAGUCACCUCUAAUACGAGACCGGUGGUAAUGGCGGUGGGGCCGUGGAAUGCACAAGCGAUGAUGUCAAGUAGCUGUAUGCAAAAGAAAAGCUAUUGGGAAUGUGUGGUUGUACUUUGAACGGUUGAGAAAUAGUUGCCCUAGCCCAUAACCAUAACCCCAAUCCCAACAGUAUUGUGUCCAUCAUGUGGGGCUACCAAACCACAUCUUACCGAAACAUCUGAGGGACUGCAUACACCUUGUCUUUGAUACAUUCUCAUUACGUUCCGUUCAGUUACAAGGCCAAGCUUCUCAACUCGGAAAAUUUUGAGUGCAAACUUUCGGUACACCGAAAAGUCCAUCUAGCCGACAUUGCCACUAAAACUAUAGUCUCCACCAGAAAGACUCCAGGCAACUGAAAAGUAUGGAGAUCUGUCGUACGCUCUGAAGAUGUUAAAAUUGAAACUCUGAGAGUGGGGUUUGGCAUCGCUCUCUCGGACUCCUUGUAGGUCACGAGUGCGAUGUAUUGGAUGCACUUUCCAAGGGAGGCUAUGGAAAAUGUUUGAGCCCUGUCUACCUCACGGCAGUGGAAUUCUGCAAGAUUCUGCUUUUAUAUUCAAACAGGGGUGUGAAGGCGUUUGCCCAGAUGGGAGACUUGAUUUCAUCGACCUGAAUGGUAGACGAAAAAAUCCACAUUCCGUUUCUUCUACAGGAGUUUUGGGCUAGGACUAGUAGUUUGGAGUAACGUUUUGGCUUUUGCCGUCGUCAUUCGUCGAACCUAGGGAGCGAAAACCUGAAGUUUGGAUAUAAACCAUUAACUUCGAAACCCACUGCUCUGUGAUUUAAUCAUGGGCGCAGGCCCUGUCAGCUGCGCUCGCGAAUAUGCUAUCGAUCCGCAGAGUACAAGCAGCAGGGUUAGUAGUUCAGUAUUACCGGGACUCCGAUUUCACUCUGGUCUCACUCUCUGAGUGCGCCUUCGUCGACCCGCUGAGUCUUGAAAGGUUUUCGAAAGCGGAUAAUGGCAUUCCGUACUUCCUGCCCUAAACCUCCUUCAUGCUGUGUGCGGACCGUUAGUCCCCCUUUCUCCCGGGCAUUGAAGGCAGCGUCUGCGCCAACGUGCUUGAAAUUCGAGCUACUGCUCCCUUGAAUAAAAAGCUGUGAUGUGUGGCAUAGCUCUUGUUCUGUCCGAUCGUCUCUUUCUCGUCAGUUACUGUAUUCGAGAGUUAUAUUUCUACCAGUCACUACACUUGGUUUUACUCGUCGAUGAGUAAGACUGCUACUGCAGUCCGAACCAAUUACGUAGCUCCUUUUCCCUGUUUUCAUCAUUGGCUAAAACAUUAAAUAACACUCGCGGUUGCCCACCUCAGACUGCAUAACAUUUUCAGUAGCUGUCCACUGUGCCUUUGUUAUUUGUAUGUUCUAAACCUCCAAGCCUGUGUGCUCGCUGUGCAUUUUAGGGCAACUUGGACAUGCUGAGGCGGUUUACAAAGUGGCCCUUCCAGCGUGUACUCUUCUUCGGCGACCACGUAUAUUACGAUCUUGCGGUGAGUGCGCGGAGAUUUCUGCUUUAGCCUCCUCACUCUGAGUGUCUUCCUGCUUUCAGAAGAGUACUCUGCCUAGAACCCCUGAACCUGUCUGUACGCACGGGUCUUCCUAAUGCACUCCUAAGACUGAACUAUGGAACUCUCCCCUGUCUUCGCGUCACAAAACCGAUCUAUCUACAGUCGAAAGCUUGCAGUAGUUCAUGUCUCUAGGAUCGCUUAAGACCCCUGGCAGGAAUACCCGCAAGGACGACUGGCAAAAUGUUUACUAGUAGUCGAGACAGUUAUGGCACCCGAAAGUGUGCACUUGGGAAGCUUAAUCGAGUCUAAGAGUAGUGGAAGCGGCUGCGAAUAACCAGCCUGCAGAUUUCAGUUAAAGACUCCGUAGCCAGCACUGUCGUGUCACCGCAUAUUUGCACAUAAUAUUCGCGCUGUCGGGACUCCUUAGGAUGCUGAUUACACAGCAUUUGGUUGCUUAGUCGCCCAGCUCGGGGGCGUCUAUUUCUUUUGGCCAGUUUGCGCUAGCGAUGCCGGCACUUUGGCACCUACUCAGCUGCAUAUCCAGCCUCCGAACAGGUCACUAGAAGUCAAACACAACCGCUCAUCUGGAGAAUGGGCUAUUGCGCCCCGGAAAGUGACGCGUUGGAUGCGUUUCAUUUGGUUGCGGAGACCUCCGCGACUCCACGUAACUCCUGUUCAAAAACAGCCGCCUACCGACACGACGACUGGUGUCCGGCUCCAAAUUCAUUUUGAAAGAUAACAUUCACUCAUAAGCUAAGCAAGAUAGGCUUCUGUUGGCGGUAAGACAGAGAGACCUCGCGAGACAGUGGUAUUCCCCGUCUCUAGUUUCUUAACCACUUCAUGUCUUCUCCUUCUGUCCGAUAGGACGUCUCAAAUCAGUGGGGCUGGGCAACUGCGGCUGUCAUUCCCGAACUGGAAUAUGAGAUCGACAUUACUAACACUGAGGUCUACCGCUGUAAUCUGCGCCGACUGUCGCUACUGGAGGACUUGCUCCUCAAUAACCAAGUAAGUCGCUUGUGCUCGAAACACCUUUCCGUUUUCAUAACAAGGCUAUGCUCCCCACCGACAGGUGAUUCACAUGUCUGUCUCCAAUCCAAUCGUCCUUAUUGCCUAGGGACAAAGCCCAGGCCAAAUAGACCAAACUGAUCGUUCGGGCUAGAAAGAAGGGACAUACCACCUCCCUCACAAAAGCAGCUAAAAGUGGGACUCGUUCUGAAUGUACUAACUUUCCUCACCUGUGGUACUACCGCGAUGACCGCCUGGCGGUGAGCGGCCAAAUUGAGAAUACUGGAUACAUGAAUCUGCUAAAUGAAGCAUAAGCUGCGGCGGACAUUUAAAACUUGCUUUGUUUGACCAUCGAUUCUUGAUUAACACAAAUGUGGCCACGCCAGUGAGGAUGCAUUGCAGUUCAGGGUCACAGUUUAGUUGCUCUUCGUAGUCGGCUUUUACUUGAGGUUCACGAGAACGCUUCAGCACCAAAUACCAUCUGCACUGUGCACGACAGGCAUACCAGUAUCGUUUGCGGUUGAACGUAAAUGAGGGUUGGCCAGGGCGUCUCCCCAAUCCGUGCAGCCCUGUGUCGUCCGGCGCGGCCAACCGACAGGAACCGGCCGUUAAAGUUAUGAUCAACGGAGUACUCGCGCACGAAAACGUCUCAGUAGUAGAGAAACGGCCUCAGAAAUAGCACUCCAAGCCCCGGACUGUCCCCACCCUCCCCCUUAGUUUAUUCACCAUAGCUUCUCUGUUUGCACCGCUCAACGAACCCGCUGGUACCUAGUUUUUUUUGGAAAACGUCGCGGAUGCCGACUUGUUCAGUAUUCCUGUAAGCAGGCUGAAACAAAACCAUGCAACUACGCUGUACAGACGAUGUUGGAUGCCUUGAAGGUACAAUGCCUGAUGUCUGCCAGUGGUUUUUCUAAACACCGUUGCUUGCCAUUUCCAAUAUUUACGUUAGCGCUGAACGGUGAUUUGGCUGAGCCUCGGUAGCGGCUGUAAAGUAGAUGCUAAGGUCAAUCGAGCUCAGAAGUCUCUUGAUGCUGUACUUAGUAAGAAUUGAUAAUUGGCAAGAUGCCAUCGACAUGCCGACCUCGACAAUUCCAUGGAUAUCCGACCAACUGCCUGUCUUGGCGAGCCCGAGUCUCCAGGGCAGGCACAGUCUUUAUCUUACGAUAGCGCAGUCACAGGCUGCACAAGUUGACAAGGCGGAAAAUUGCUAGACAGGCGGGCUAAGUAUGACUGGCUGACGACGGCUAAUAAGCCAGAAAUGGCCAUUCCAGUCUCCCUUUUCUUUGUCGGUAAUAAAAUACUGCCUAUAUCAUGCGCCACUGCUGGUUGGGCUCGAGAGAGGCACAACGGAACGAGUGAGUUCCGUAAGAACGAUCGGUGAGCGCCCCCUACCAUUGUAUAUUCCCGAUCGAAACCGAAAGGGCAACGGGCUUGUGGCCCAGUGGUUAGAGGCGUAGACUUCUGACAGGUCGCGAGCUCGAGCCUCGGGUGUUCCACGCCUCUGGGUUGGGUAUGACUGGCUGACGACGGCUAGUAAGCCAGAAAUGGCCAUUCCAAUCCCCCUUGUCGGUAGUAACAUACCACAGUCAGAAUGAGCAAUCUUAGUUGCCGUAUACGCAUACAUAUGGUCUGCUCUGAGACUGACACUCGAACGCCAGGACGUAUUUUGCCGGUCUUUUUGCUGUUGGAUGACACGGCUGUGAGAACUCAACUUUCCGAAUACAGUAUGUUGUUAAAUUAUAGGGGCGCCCUGCAUUCUCGUAAACACAAUUCCCUCUACUACCAUGUGGUUUUUGGAUGAGGCGCCGAGGUCCCAAAUCACUAUUCGUGUUCCAGGGCUCGCAGCGAGAGGUUUCCCAGGCUGCGAACUUGUGAUGGUUAUGGUCUACUUGUCAUCUCUGGUAUGUUCCGUUGGGCUUAGGAAACAUUGAAAGACAAGGAUGUAAUAUCAAGGGGCUGUGGGAUUGCUCUGCCAACUGCGUUGUAGAAGGGCUCUUUUACGAGGAACAAAAUACGGCAAAACGUACCAGAAACAUUCAGCGUAAUUCACACACUUUAUGAUGCAAUGUGACCCUGUUCGGUGUUUUAGUUGGUCGUCACGGCGGAAGGACAGGCCGUCCUCGAGGAGUGGCGCAAGGAACGCGACCACCUGCGCCUCCUGACCAAGGUCUGCUUCAACGAGCACUUUGGCAGCAUUUUUCGAUCAUUCCACAACCCCUCCUAUUUCUCCCAGCGAUUAGGUCAGUACGCCUCCAUGUACACAUCCUCAGUGACCAACCUUCUUGCCCUCCCAAUAAACCACACCUGUUAUCCUCGGCGGACUCCCCUACCACACGAGCACCUCUGA